CCUUGCGACAUGAAGGGAAAGUCAUGAGAAUCGUUUUACCGAAGAAAUGCGAAUGGAAGGAGAAUGACUCUUACCAUCGCCAUUUUGCUGAUAUUGAAACUGGAGUACCGUGUAUUCAUGGAAAAUUUUUCUCAUUGUUUUUCAUCGAACACAAGGUAUGGCUAGUAGGGCUGAAACUGAAGCCUCCAUAAAUAAUGACCAUGGCUUACUUGCAAAACCAUUACACUUGCAACGUUUGGAACAGGCUCUUCGUUUGGAACCUUUUCUGGAUUAUGUUCAAAAUGUGUUUAAUAAGACUCAAAGUGAUGCUGAUAAUGCAGAUGAAGGUAGCCAUUCUGACUACGAAUUGGAUGACGAAAUUUUUCGUGAAAAGUUCAAUUAUCGACAAGAAAGGCGCUGUGAUAAGCUACGACUCUAUAAUUUCAGCAAAGUUAAGAAAAGUCGAAUAUGGCUAAAGGAUAUUUUGUUGAGUGAUUCUUCUGAUUCGGAUAGCAAUGAUUCUAUUACAGAGGAGGAUCUUCAGGAUAUGUUAAAAUUGCACAAAUUACAAAAAAGUGCUCAAGCUGAAUUUCACAACAAUCCAGAUUUGCGACAGUAUCAGUACUAUGGCUCUGGUUUGCUAUCUAAUUAUGAUAAAUUUUACGAUCAUCAAAAACUAGUGCUGGGUGGUAAAAAGCUGAAAGAAAAGAAAAUCGAGAAAAGAAAAGCUAAACUGAGGAAAAUAAAAUCAGAAGUUAAUAAGAAAGAUGAGCAGGAUUCUUCUACUGGUACGAAAAAAGUUGAAGGUAAAGGAAAGAAAGGGGAAGAUUCAUCCGAGACAUCCAUUCAUAAGCAUCAUGCAAAAAAGAAAAAUUCUGUUUCUCACGAAGCUGUAAUGAAUGUCAAAAGAAAGAGGUUGUGGAUUGCUAUUGGGAAAAAAGAAAUUGGAAGGGCACAAAAACAGAUGUCAGCUGCUCAUAAAGAAACUCUUACCACAGCUAAAAAGUUGGCUCAGGCUUGUCAACGGGAAGUCAGAAAAUCUGCCUUGGUAUCUCAGAAACUAGUAAAAGAUAUCCCAAGUCGUGCUAGACGCUUGACUAAAGAAAUGAUGCUUUAUUGGAAGCGUUAUGAAAAAGUAGAAAAAGAACAUCGUAAAAGAGCCGAGAAAGAAGCUCAAGAGCAGUUGAGGUUGGAUAUUGAACUUCGAGAGGCAAAGCGCCAACAAAGAAAACUGAAUUUUUUAAUCACUCAGACAGAACUUUAUGCUCAUUUUAUGAGUCGAAAAAUAACUGGAUUGCAAGACGUUCAAGAAGAACAAAUUCUCCGGCAGUUAGAUGAGCCAAAAAAGGAUCCAGAAGCUUCUGCUAGCUCAUUAUUAAAGGAUGAUGAUAAUUACAAUCCUGAAGAAAUGAAAGCAUUAGCACUGAAAAAUGCUGAUACAGCAUAUAAAGCGCAUGUAGAUAAGACUACAGCAUUUGAUGCAGUUUUACCUCCAGUAAAGAAGAAGCAGGUGAAUGUUCAAAAUGAAUUUGAUGAAAAUUUCAAGUUAACAAAUCCAUCUAUUGGAUUGGAAGAGGAACAUCCACAGCCUUCAAUGUUUGUUGGAAAAUUAAAGUCAUAUCAGUUAAAAGGUAUGAACUGGUUGUAUAGUUUAUAUGACAAAGGUAUUAAUGGUAUUUUAGCUGAUGAAAUGGGUCUUGGUAAAACUGUACAGACUAUUGCUUUCUUAGCUACUUUGAUAAAAGCACAAGGUAUAUGGGGCCCAUUUCUCAUCAUUGCACCAGCUUCAACCUUGCAUAACUGGCAGCAGGAAUUUACUAAAUUUGUUCCAAAGUUUAAGGUACUUCCUUAUUGGGGUAAUACUAGUGACAGGAAAGUCUUAAGAAAGUUUUGGAGUCAGAAAGAUCUGCAUACUGAAAAUGCGUCAUUUCAUGUCCUUAUUACCAGCUACCAACUAGUUGUUCAGGAUGUAAAGUAUUUUCAGAGAAUCAAAUGGCAGUAUAUGGUAUUGGAUGAAGCACAAGCUAUUAAAAGUACAUCAAGCGUUCGGUGGAAAAUACUUCUUGGUUUUAAUUGUCGUAAUCGCCUUCUGUUGACUGGUACUCCAAUACAAAACAGUAUGGCUGAAUUAUGGGCAUUACUGCAUUUUAUCAUGCCAACACUAUUUGACUCUCAUGAAGAAUUUAACGAGUGGUUUUCUAAAGAUAUUGAAAGCCAUGCAGAAAAUAAAUCUGUUAUUGAUGAGAAGCAUUUAUCAAGACUUCACAAAAUUUUAAAGCCAUUUAUGUUACGCCGAGUCAAAAAAGAUGUUGAGAAUGAGCUGUCUGACAAGAUUGAAAUUCUUGUUUAUUGUCCCUUGACUCAGAGGCAAAAGCUUCUGUAUCAAAAUCUAAGGAAGAAAAUAUCAAUUGAUGAUCUUAUGCAGUCUUCUUCAACUGUAUCUUCUCAUUCUCAGUCUGCUACAUCAAGUCUUAUGAAUUUAGUUAUGCAGUUUAGAAAGGUGUGCAACCAUCCAGACUUGUUUGAAAAGCGGGAAGUGAAGUCUCCAUUCUUUUCAAAGUCAAUUUUAUACUUUCUUCCUAAAUUGUUGUUUAGGGAAGGACUCCUGUAUUUGAACUCUGAAGAAAAGCAGCGACUUUCUUUAAAUACAUUUGGUAUCUUUCAUCCUUAUUAUAUUCAUCAAAAUUUAUUUCCACCGGAUGCAUCUGAUAGAUAUGAACUUGUUGACAAUUGUUUUUCGUUUAUGCGCUUCAUGGGUUUAUCUAUUGGAGAAAUAUCACAGAUAUUCCUUUGUGGACUAUUAACAAGGUGGAUGGCUGCUUAUCUAAUGUGGAAAUUUGCAUAUAGGAUAGUUCAUGAACAUAUUUGGUCAGGUUCUUCCUCAUCAAAAUAUAUUGGCCUAAAUGGAUUAGUGCUUUACCCUAUGCUGCCUGAGUGUGCGCUUCAGAUCUCGGAUAGUGCCUUCUCACCACUCCUUUUCACCAGUUAUGUAAAUAAUAAUUAUGGUUUUGUUGAUCAUCAUAUUUACCCUGUGAAAACCGUGCGGAAAACAAAUCCACAAGUUAAUGCCAAGAAUGAAGAUUUAAUAUCAGUGAAACAGGAAAAUGCAAACCCUACAGUACCGAAAGAACAGCAGCACUUAGUACCACGUGUACUUCAUUGUCAGUUGACUAGUCCUCCUACAUUUCUGACUAAUGUGUCAUGUAAGGUUAUAGCAGAGCCUCUGAGCAUCUACUCGCCAGAUCGCAGUGCAGGUUGGUGGAUAACAAGAAGCAAAUUAUGUGGUUCUGUACAGGCAUUAAGAAUGAUGAUGUAUGGAUAUCCAGAUGCAACUAUGCUAAGAUUAAAACAUCAAUCUUUAAUGUUCCACCCUCCCCCACUUGGAGGAAUUAGUGCUAUAAGAUCCCAGAAUGGAUGGUCCAAAAUUGUUAUUCCCUGCAAGGAAACUCUGGUAACAGACUCGGGCAAGCUUCAAGUGCUUGACAAUUUACUGAAAACUUUAAAAGCUCAAUCUCAUAGGGUUUUAAUAUAUUCACAAAUGACCAGAAUGAUUGACAUUCUUGAGGAUUACAUGUAUUUAAGAAAACACACAUAUAUGAGGCUGGAUGGUUCUUCCAAAAUAGCAGAUAGGCGAGACAUGGUUGCAGAUUUUCAAAAUAGGUCUGAUAUAUUUGUGUUUCUACUUAGCACUCGUGCUGGUGGAUUAGGUAUAAAUCUGACAGCAGCCGAUACGGUUAUUUUUUAUGACAGUGACUGGAAUCCAACUGUCGAUCAGCAGGCAAUGGAUCGUGCACAUAGAUUAGGACAAACAAAGCAAGUAACUGUGUAUCGUUUAGUAUGUCAAGGAUCUAUUGAAGAAAGAAUUCUUCAGAGAGCUCGAGAAAAGUCUGAGAUACAAAGAAUGGUUAUAAGUGGUGGAAAUUUCAAACCAGAUACAUUGAAACCUAAAGAAGUUGUUUCUCUCCUCUUGGAUGAUGAUGAAAUAGAAAAAAAAUUUUGCAUACGACAAGAAGAAAAAAAGCAGUUUGAAAAACUGAACCAAGAUAGAAAGAGGAGACCAGAAGUUUCAGGUGAAAGCAAAAGAGGUAGGAAAAAAAGAAAAGAUGACAGUUUGCUAUCUAAUGUUAAUCCUGUUAAUCAAGAUGGGGAUUCAAUGCAGAGUAUGGAUUCUGUCCCCCCAAGUCCAUAUAGUGAACAUUCUAUUGGAAGUUUUCCAGUUGUACAGGAUGAUACUAGUAGUGAAGGCCCACUGAUUGUAGAUGACAGUAGUCCUUCAAGUACUCCAGUUCCAUUUUCAUUACAUUUAUUUGGGAAUCCAAGCCACGAAGAUAGUGCUUCUCCAUUACUUAAAAAAAGAGGAACAGGCCGAGGUAGAGGACGUCCAAGAGGAUCCGGUCGAAGAGGAAAUGGUAGAGGCAGAGGUGGUGUCUUAUCGGCUGCUGCUGCAGAAUUAGCUGGUGCUCAAGCUGGAAAAACAGCUGCAUUUGCAGCUUAUGGUUUUUCUGUCCCUGCUGGGAAACCUACUCUGCCAUCUGAGAAAAGUGCCAUUUUUAGGGGCCAGAAGAGUAGUUUUAGAGGUGCAGGAAACCUAUCAACUAAGUAUAUAUCUUCUCGAGGAAGAGGCUUAUACAAAGGGGUGAAUAAUCCAAAUUUACCUGCACAAUCAAUAUCAUUAGGAUUUUAUAUGCCAGGACCUCAACUUCAGGGACCUUAGUUGCACUUCAGUGUUCAUGCUUUUUUUUUAAAUCAUGUUUAUUAUCAGUCACCUUUUCUCAUCUCAUGCCCAUUUUCUAUUAACUAUAAAGUAGAAAUGCUAAGAAUCUAAUGUAUUUCUAUCAUGGAAUUGUUCCUGUUGUAUAAAGUUGUUUUUAUUGUAGAUAAUGUACAGUUAACAGAGCAUUAUUUAUGUAUGCUAGUGCUUGAUUGACCUGACACUUGUUCAAAGAUUUAUUCUAGCACCUCUGUAAAAUUCAUCUAAUGAAAUAAACUGUGAAAUAUUUUGCAUUUUUA